CUAAAUUGCUGUCCAGCGUUUCUCGUCUUUCAGCUGACAAUGAGCCGAGAAGCUGGGAGGUUAGGUGCGGUGAUCUUUUGACUUUAAUCAAAGUCAUCUGGCUGCGAACUUUUUCGCCGGCGAGGACGCAAAGGCGAUAACCCCUCGCAUCGUGGUGACUUUGAGGGCGCCUGACGUCACGCGGAAUCCUUCUGUGCAGAUAAUAUGUAGGUGCCGUUUCGUUUCGCAGUUCGCGAGAUCGACAAUUUUCGCCGCGCCGCGCUGUGCGCACCAAUUACCGCGAGGAGGGGGAAUCGGGGAUCGGCGCGCUCUCAUUGGCCGAGGCGGCAAGGUAUGACAUCAGGCCAUACGCCAGCGACCAACAAACUCCGAACGACUUCCACUGUUAUUUUGUGUUGUGCUAGUCUCUCGCGAAUUACUCUACACGUUUAUUCAUGUGAGUCGGGUGUUUUUGUUGUAACUAGUUUUCGCCAACCUCGUUUGCUCUACGAUAUCUCAGUGUUGUGCAUAUUUCCCGGUCAGUUCCGUUCUAAUUUGGAUUUGGAUUGUGCGUUGCCGAUAAACAUUGCCGAUUGACAAGAUAAGCUCCUAAGAUGCCUGCCAGGUUCCCAGAGGUGGAAGUGCACCGGGAUGAGUUCACUUCUUCGCAGCCGAAGUCCAACUCGAUGACGAACGGAGGAAGCCCCGGCUGGAACUUGGACGACGACGUCGUCAUCUCCGGCUUCUCCGGCCGGCUCCCGGAGUCCAACAACAUCGAGGAGUUCAGGAAGCAGCUCUUCGACGGCAUCGACCUCAUCACCGACGACGAGCGACGAUGGCCCUCCGGAAUCCAUGGACUCCCCACCAGAACAGGAAAGCUGCCAGAUCUCGAGCACUUCGACGCCACCUUCUUCGGUGUACACGCCAAACAAGCAAAUGUUAUGGACCCACAGUUGAGGAUGUUAUUAGAACUGACCUACGAGGCCAUCAUAGAUGCAGGUAUGAACCCACAAGAUGUGAGAGGCUCCAGAACCGGAGUUUUCAUUGGAGUCUCAGCCAGUGAGUCCGAUGAGUUUUGGACACAAGAUCCAGAGCAAGUCAAUGGUUAUGGAUUGACUGGUUGCUGCAGAGCUAUGUUCCCCAACAGAAUUUCUUUCACAUUUGACUUCCAAGGACCUAGUUAUGCCAUUGACACAGCUUGCUCCAGUAGUAUGUUUGCAUUACAACAGGCUAUCAGUGCAAUGCGUACCGGUCAGUGUGACGCAGCCAUUGUUGGUGGUGUGAAUCUUUUGUUGAAACCCACAUGUUCCUUGCAGUUCCAUCGCUUGAGUAUGUUGUCGCCACAGGGAAUGUGCAAAGCUUUUGAUGUAUCAGGUAAUGGUUAUGUGCGUAGUGAAGCAGCUGUUGUAAUUUACCUCCAACGUGCCAGUCAAGCCAAGCGUAUCUAUGCCACAGUCGUCAAUGCCAAAACCAACACAGAUGGUUCAAAAGAACAAGGUAUCACCUUCCCCUCCGGGCAGAUGCAAAAGAAACUCAUCAAGGAGACCUAUGCCGAGGUUGGAAUCAACCCUGCCGACGUUGCCUAUGUUGAAGCCCAUGGAACCGGAACCAAGGUUGGAGACCCUCAAGAAGUCAACUCAAUUGCCGAUGUAUUCACCAAAGGUCGCAAUUCUCCUUUGCUAAUUGGGUCUGUAAAAUCCAACAUGGGUCACUCUGAACCUGCCUCCGGUUUGUGCUCAAUUGCUAAGAUCCUCAUUGCCAUGGAGGCCGGUGUAAUCCCUGGAAACUUGCACUUUAAGAACCCGAAUCCUGAUAUCCCCGCUUUGUUGGACGGCCGCUUGCAGGUCGUUGACAAGGCCUGGCCCUGGAGUGGAGGCCUCGUUGCUGUGAACUCAUUCGGUUUCGGAGGAGCAAACGCCCACAUCAUCCUCCGCUCAAAUCCUAAACCUAAGUCCGUACCCAUCCAAGACGACAUUCCUCGCGUGAUUGCUGUAUCCGGAAGAACAGAUGAGGCUGUCAAUUACAAGCUGAGCAAAAUCGAAGAAACACCCCGCGAUGAUGAUCUCAAUGGAUUGCUCCAUGGAAUUUACUCAAAACCCAUCAUCGGCCACAGCUACAGAGGCUACACCGUGCUCGAGUCCCCUACUCCUCAGAAGGAAGUUGCUCUGUACAAUGGUCAGAAGCGGCCUGUCUGGUAUGUCUUCUCUGGUAUGGGAAGUCAAUGGGCUGGUAUGGCCAAGACUUUAAUGCAGUUGGAUGUUUUCCACCGGGCUCUUUCAAAGUGCGCUGAGGCACUCCGUCCAGAAGGUCUCGACUUGCUCUCCAUCAUCACCUCUGAGAGCGAGGACACUUUCGAUAACGUUUUGAAUUCUUUCGUCUCAAUUGCAGCAAUGCAUGUUGCCUUAGUCGAUGUUCUAACCUCUGUUGGAAUUUCUCCUGAUGGAAUUGUCGGUCACUCCGUCGGAGAGCUUGGUUGUGCAUACGCUGAUGGAACUUUCACCGCCGAGCAGACAGUUCUCGCUGCUUUCUGGAGAGGUCGCUCUAUCUUGGAAUCAAAAUUACCCCCUGGAAGCAUGGCUGCAGUUGGUCUUUCUUGGGAAGAAACUAAAGCCCGUGCUCCAGCUGACAUUGUCGCCGCUUGCCACAACUCUGCUGACAGUGUAACCAUCUCUGGCCCUCCAGACUCUAUCGCCAACUUUGUCAACGCCUUGAAAUCGGAAGGUAUCUUUGCCAAAGAAGUCAAGAGCUCCGGUGUCGCUUUCCACUCCAGAUACAUUGCCGAAGCAGCUCCCAGGCUCAGGAAGAGUCUUGAAAAGAUCAUCCCAAGUCCCAAACCAAGGACAUCCCGCUGGAUCAGUACCUCUAUCCCUGAGGGCGCCUGGGACUCUGCUCUGGCUCAGCAAUCGUCUGCUGCCUACCACGUCAACAAUUUACUUUCUCCUGUUCUGUUUGAUGAAGCCAUCUCCCACAUCCCUAAAGAUGCAAUCGUCAUUGAAAUUGCCCCUCACAGUCUUUUGCAAGCUAUCUUGAAACGAUCCCUCGGCCCCGACAGCAUCAACGUUGGUCUCUUGAAGAAAGGAACCAACAGCAACAUCUCAGUCCUCCUGUCCAGCUUAGGAAAACUGUACAAUGCUGGUCUUAACCCCAAUUUUGCCAAUUUAUAUCCUCCUGUCAAAUUCCCUGUCGCCCGAGGCACUCCUAUGCUUCAGUCUCUAAUCAAAUGGGACCACUCCAUUGAAUGGGCCGUCGCUUCAUUUGCUGGAAAGGGUUCAAGAUCUGGAGAAUCUGUCAUCGAUAUUGAUCUUAGCAAGGAAAGUGAUGCUUACUUGGCUGGUCACACAAUUGAUGGCCGUAUCAUCUUCCCGGGUACUGGCUACAUUGUUUUGGUAUGGAAAACUUUUGCCAAGAUCAACGGAAAGUCAAUGGAAGAAUUGCCUGUCGUUUUGGAAGACAUUCAGCUCCACCGUGCUACUAUUAUGCCCAAAGAAGGAUCCGUUAAAUUCUUGGUGAACAUCUUCGAAGGCUCCGGUGAAUUUGAAUUGGUUGAAGGAGGCUCUGUGGCUGUAUCCGGUAAAAUCCGUAUCCCUGAAGACAUUGACAAAGAGCAAUUGACCCUGCCCGAACCAACUUAUGCUGACACUCAGAAUCUCCCACUCAAAACAAACGAUAUCUACAAGGAUCUUCGUCUCAGAGGCUACGACUACGGUGGCAUUUUCCGUGGCAUCACUGAUGCUGACAACAAGGGUGUGAAGGGUAAACUCUCCUGGGUGAACAACUGGAUCAGCUACUUGGACACAAUGCUCCAAUUCUCCAUCCUGGGCAUGAACUCGCGCGAACUCUACCUCCCAACAAGAAUCCAGCGCAUCUCCAUCAACCCAAAGAAACACUUCCAGAUCCUGGAGUCCACUCCAGAAGAAGACAAAACAAUCCCUGUCUUCAAGCACAAAGGAAUCGAAAUUACCAAGUCCGGCGGAGUUGAGAUCAGAGGUCUCAAGGCCAGUUUGGCACCAAGGAGAGGAGGAGCUCAGGCCCCCCCUAAACUGGAGCAAUACGCCUUCAUACCUUACGUCACCGAAAAAGUUACUCCAUCCAUCGACAACUUCCGUGCUUUGACAGCCAGUCUCCAAAUCGCCCUUGAAAACAGCGGUGGCCCAGUCAAAAUGAAGGUUGCCGAAGUUGCAACUGACCGCCAGCCAGACAACCUUUUGGCAGCUCAUGUCGUGAAAAUCCUUGAAUCCGAACCCCUUCUCACCGUAGAAUUGAAUGUCGUCACCAACUCUGCCGAAGCCCUGACCCCAGUCUUGGAGCCUCUGGGCAUCAAGACACUCACCAAGGAUGUCACAGCUGGCCCUGUUGACCAGAACUGUCACUUAGUCGUUGCGACUGACUACCUAAACAAUGCAGCAGUUGUCGCUAACAUGGCUGCCAGUGUCAAACAAGGAGGAUUCCUUCUCUUUGAAGAAAGCACUCGUGUCGAUGACAAUGCUGUCAAGAAGACGGGCUUGGAUGUAAUCUCCAAGAUCCAGACUGAUGGAAAGACCUAUGUGCUCUUGAAAGCUCCUGCAGAUUUGCCUGUGCCUGUUGUCAUCAACGUGACUGAAAACAACUUCAACUGGGUGGAGGAAUUGAAAUCCGCCCUGCAGCAGUCAGAGACCGAAGGAAAGAAGGUUCUAGUCGUCGUCCAGGGUGAACCAUUGAACGGUAUCGUUGGUAUGAUGAACUGUAUCAAGCAAGAGUCUGGCGGUGUCAAUGUUCGCGCUGUAUUCAUCCAAGAUACGGAUGCACCCAAAUUCUCCCUAACUGCAGCACCAUAUGCUGCCCAAUUGAAGAAGGACCUUGUCCACAACGUUUACAAGAACAAACAGUGGGGAUGUUACCGUCACUUCAGCUUAGAAAACGAGUCUGAGAAGACCUCUCUGAGCGUGGAACAUGCCUACAUUAAUGCCCUCACGCGUGGUGACCUGUCCAGUCUCAAGUGGAUUGAAGGACCACUCUCAUUCUACAAGCCUGAGCAACACCCCAACGAAGAGCUGUGCACCGUCUACUACGCACCCCUUAACUUCCGUGACAUCAUGUUGGCCUCUGGUAAACUACCGCCAGAUGCGCUGCCUGGAGACCUCGCUGGUCAAGACUGUAUCCUCGGUCUUGAAUUCACUGGUCGCGACACCAAGGGCCGUCGUGUCAUGGGUAUGGUUGCAGCUCGUGGUCUUGCCACCACCGUCCUUGCAGACCCAACCUUCCUGUGGGAGGUGCCCGAGAAGUGGGACUUGGCUGAGGCAUCAACCAUUCCUGUAGUCUACUCCACUGCAUACUACGCUCUGAUUGUGAGAGGACGUAUGAAGCCCGGAGACUCCCUUCUCGUCCACGCUGGUACUGGUGGUGUCGGUCAAGCUGCCAUCGCCAUUGCCUUGCACAUGGGCUGCACUGUCUUCACCACUGUCGGAUCAAAGGAAAAACGCGAAUACUUAAAGAAAACUUUCCCACAAUUGACUGACAAAAACAUUGCCAACUCUCGUGACCCCAGCUUUGAGCAACAUGUCAUGAUUGAAACUAACGGCCGUGGUGUUGAUGUUGUCCUCAACUCUCUUGCGGGAGAAAUGCUCCUUGCCUCCGUCCGCUGUCUAGCCAAGGAUGGUAGAUUCUGUGAAAUUGGAAAACUUGAUCUCUCCAACAACACCCCAUUAGGUAUGUCUAUCUUCCUGAAAAACACUACCUUCCACGGUAUUCUUCUUGAUUCCCUAUUCGAUGCCAACUGCGAGAACGUUGAAAAACAAGAAGUCGUCAGAUUGAUGGACGAAGGUCUCAAGAAUGGUGCCAUCCGGCCACUACCUGCCACUGUUUUCUCAGAAAAACAAGUUGAACAAGCUUUCCGUUUCAUUGGUUCAGGAAGACACAUUGGUAAAGUUGUUUUAAAAAUCCGUGAUGAAGAAUCAAGGAAGACGCAACCUGCCACGCAAAAACUUGUAUCUGCCAUUCCAAGAACUUACAUGAACCCUGACAAAUCCUACGUUCUUGUCGGUGGUCUCGGAGGUUUUGGUCUUGAGCUGGCCAACUGGUUGAUUGGUCGCGGAGCUACCAAGAUUGUCUUGACUUCUCGUAGUGGAAUCCGAAACGGUUACCAAUCCCUCUGCGUCCGCAGGUGGAAAGAAAACGGUAUCAAUGUCGUCAUCUCUACCUCUGACUGCUCCACCGUAGCUGGCACAACCAAGCUCCUGGAAGAAGCCUCCAAACUGGGUCCAGUUGGUGGCAUCUUCAACUUGGCUGUCGUGCUACGUGAUGCCCUCUUGCCCGACCAAACAGCUGUUGACUUCGAAAAAGUUGCUUUACCAAAGAUCAACGGAACAAAGAACUUGGACCAAGUUUCUCGGAAACUGUGCCCACAACUGGACUACUUUGUUGCCUUCUCUUCAGUUUCUUGUGGUCGUGGUAACAUUGGUCAAACUAACUAUGGUCUUGCCAACUCUGCAAUGGAAAGGAUCUGUGAAGCCCGACAGGAAGCUGGCCUUCCUGGUGUUGCCAUCCAAUGGGGAGCUAUCGGUGACGUCGGUCUCAUUCUGGACUCUCUUGGUGGUGAUAACGAAGCUGUGGUUGGAGGAACCCUGCCGCAGCGUAUGUCAUCUUGCUUAGCCGUUAUGGACAACUUCCUUCAACAACCUCACCCUGUAUUAGCCUCAACUGUCAUUGCAGAGAAAGGACGAGGCGCUUCUGAUGGCAACCAAAUCAGUCUCACCGAUGCUGUCGCUAACAUUUUAGGUAUUAAGGACACAAAAACAGUCAACACAAGUGUUUCUUUAGCCGACUUAGGAAUGGAUUCGCUCAUGGGAUCUGAAAUCAAACAAACUCUAGAACGAAAUUACGACGUUGUAUUAAGUGCCCAAGAAAUCCGAGGACUUACCUUCGGAAAAUUACUCGACCUACAAAGCGGUGGCAGCAGUGAACCAUCAGCCCCUGCCCAAUCUCCUAGUAAAGAUGGAUCUCAAGUCCAAUUCAACAGUUCCCUCCCUGCUCUGAUGCCGUCUGAAACUCUGGUAGAACUUGUGUCCAAAGCCAAAUCGAGUCAAGCAGCUGGUCUCUUUGUUGUUCAUCCGAUCGAGGGAGUUGUCUCUGCGUUGGCCGGUGUAGCAAAAGAAUUAAAUGUUCCUGUGUGGGGACUCCAGUGCACAAAGAACGCUCCUCUUAGCUCUAUUCAAGACUUAGCCGCUUCUUAUAUUCAGGAAGUGAAAAGGAAACAAAAAUCUGGUCCCUACUCGUUAGCUGGAUACUCAUUCGGUGCCUGUGUUGCAUUUGAGAUGGGUCUCCAGCUAGAAGCUGCGGGUGAGAAAGUGUCCUUAGUUCUAUUAGACGGUUCACCUGACUAUGUUGCCAGUCAUACCGGAAGCUACAAGCAGAAAAAGGAACAGAAAGGUGGACAACAGGCUGGCGAUGCUGAUGCUUUAACGUACUUCAUUCAAUUGUUCAAGGAUGUUGACUACCAAAAGACCCAGAAGGAACUGUCAUCCUUACCUAGUUACGAAUCCCGACUGAAGAAAGUGACAGAAAUCCUAGCAGGUGCCACGCCUUACCCAGCUGCUGAUCUUGCCACUGCUGCGGAGUCCUUCUACAAGAAAUUAGUCGCUGCUGAUGCAUACAAACCAACCGGCAAAUUCGGCGGAGAAAUCACCUUAGUCAAAGCUCAAGAUAACUAUGUAACUCUCGGAAACGACUACGGACUAACACCUAUCUGUAAGAAAACAGUCCAAGUUCACUCUCUAAAAGGAAACCACAGAGAAAUUCUUCAAGGUGAAAGCGGCCACAAACUAGCCCAACUACUCAAUUCAGGUCUAAAUGCUGUUUGAAGAGCAGAACAUGAAAAAUCUGUUCCAAUAUCAGAAAGAGUGUAUGUUGUGUAGUAUAUACCAAUCUUUAAUGACUUUUUCUAUAAUGAAUCAUUGUACAUAAAAUGUCUGAAUACUUUUGUAUUUAUUUAUAUUUUUUUUUUUGUUUGAUGUAAGGUAUGACUUAGUGUCAUACAACUGUCUUGUGACUAAUGUCUCCCGCAGUGUAAUGUUUUUUUUUUUGUUUUUUUUUGUCAAAAAAGUGAUAUUUUCUUGAGGGAAAAAAUCUAAGUUCAAAAUUCUUUAUGGCCGGUGUGAGGCGUUAUUUUUCUGUCGAAAAAUAUCUCUGAUCCAAAACAUCCAUGUUUUGGCUGUUUCAUUGCCGGUGCAAAAAUAUCUUUUGUAAGGAACUAAAAAGACCGUUGUUUUUUUUUUCCUUUUCCUUGUAGGAGCAUUUAUUUUGUACCAACAAAAUUUGUUUGUUAAAGUUUUUUAUAUUUUCUUUCGAUCGAUUUCAAAUUGAUUAUGACCAAGUUUUUACUGCUAUUAUAGUCGUAGACAUCUGAGUCUUUAAACAUUGAAAAUCUGUUGUAGUCGAAUUUCUUUAAAUUACUUUUUGUUAUCCUUAUUUUUAUGUUUAGCUCAUUGUUUUUCGAUGUCACUUAUCCUGAGCUGUUUAAAAACCGCCCCUCCUUAACUGCAAAGUAGUGUCUCUCCUCCCCUUUCCCAAAAUUGUGAUAAUUGAUUAUAAGUUAAAAGCAUUUAUGUAGUUCAUGAUAAGGUAAACACAAGUAGAUGAAAUCUAUUGUGUCUGGUGUCUGACACCGAACGGGUGUUUUCCUUUACAGCUGACACAGGAGUCUAUUUCUAAUUGGUAGUAGAUUUAUCCUUGACAUAGUCUGAGGCUAAAAGUCAUAAAAUUCUUGGAAAAUGUCCUACAUUCCAGAUUCUUGACAAGCAUUUCCUUUUCUGCCAGCCAAUUUCUGCUUCCCUGAUCUUUUAUUUUAAUUUUUUCUUUUUUCUACAGUUAGAGGAAUAGAAAGAAAGAAAAAAAAAAAAAACUUUGGCAGAAUUUAACUUAAUUGCUGUGAAUUAGCAUUUAUAUUGCUUUCAAUUCAAGUAGAUCAUCCGUCAAUUUUCUUCUUCUUUUUCCCGGAAUGCUUGUCGCAAUUUUCUGGAACUCCCCCCUGGGAUAUCUGAAGAUUUUCAGGAUAUUUGACUGGUGUUUAAACUGGAAAUCAUUGGAAAAUUUGUAAAAAAUGUCUAUACAUUUGCACGAAAAAAUUAUCAUGUAGUGAGUAAAUUGAUUUGCAAAAAAAAAAAAUAUAGAAAAAAAAGGGAAAAAUUAAAGUAAAAAAGUUGUAACAAAAUAGAAGGGGGAAAAUUAUUUGAAUAUUUAGGAAAUGUUGUAUGAAACACAACAUUCUCUUAGUUUUUAAUAUCUUUGGGGGAAAAUUCAAUGUAAGGGUUUUACAAUGGCUGUAAAAAGGUCUGUCAUUGAAGUAUUUUUCGGUCAAAACAUUCCAUUUUCUUUUCUGUAAUAAGUCUCUGUUAGGUAGUCAAAUUUUAGAAUGUACGUCGUUUGACUGCUCUCCCUAGUGUCAAACAGAUCUUCUCAUCAGCAAUUUAUUUUAUUCUGUUUUUAUCAAUCCAACAUAAAAGUAUCAGGUGUCCCUUCGACACUUGAGAAAAAAUUUUCCCAAAAUGUGCAUCAAAGCUAUUGUAAUUUUUUUUCUUAUUUUGCAUCAUUUUGGAUUUCAAACGUUCCCUCCAUUCAGUCUUAACUAUUUAAAUGUCUGGUGCAUCCCUACUGAAUGAGUAAUCAUUGUUAAUAUUUCAACCACCUUUUCUACAAAGAAGGAAAUUAAUGACCCUUUUCAGCCAUUCCUAAAAUGUCAAAUUCCCAACAUCACAAACAUAAAUCGUAAGUGACUAAUUUUUUUUGUCAGUUGUCUAAUUCUUUCUUAUUUUAUGUGGAAGUAACUGAAAGUUUGUAUCAUUUCCAUCUUAACUCACAAAGUGAAGUUCUGUAGAUUUUAAAGGAAGAAAAAAAGAAAAAAACAAAAAUUGUGAUGGGAGUUAAAAACAUGUGAAGUGUUAGCUCAAGAUCCUAAUUUUUUUCUGUGUUAGUAACUGAUUCGCUUAGGAUUUCUUUUUUCAAAUAUGUAAUUUCAUUACAUACUAUUUUCCAGAUUAUUUAUAUUCCCUUUCUUGGUUUAUGUUUUGUAAAUAUUUUAUGAACUGAUAAAUUUAAGUGUUAAAAAAAAGAAA